AUGGUGCCCCAAAAAGUGUUGCGAUAUAUUCCUCUAAAGCCGAGAUUACAGAGAUUGUUUAUGUCUGAACAUACAGCAGGUCACAUGCGUUGGCAUAAGGAUAAACGAGUUGAUGAUGAAGGUGUUAUGAGGCAUCCAGCAGAUUCUAUUGCUUGGAAGGAGUUUGAUAAGAUGUACCCUGAGUUUGCCGAAGAGCCACGAAAUAUCAGGUUAGGCCUUGCAACUGAUGGGUUUAACCCAUUCGGGAAUAUGAGCACAUCUUAUAGUAUGUGGCCGGUGAUGGUGGUUCCUUACAAUCUACCUCCUUGGAUGUGUAUGAAACAACAGUAUUCAAUAAUGACUUUGCUUAUUCCAGGCCCAAAGGCACCAGGCAAGGAGCUGGAUGUGUAUUUGCGUCCUUUAAUUGAUGAGCUAAAAGAGUUGUGGGAAGAAGGUGUUCAAACUUAUGAUAAGUUUACUGAUACAAGGUUUAACAUGCAGGCAGCUGUAAUAUGGACAAUCAAUGACUUUCCCGCUUAUGGGAAUUUAUCCGGUUGGAGUACAAAAGGUUACAAGGCAUGUCCCAUCACUACUACAUUUUUCACUUUGCGCGACGAAGAGACUUUCGUCGCGCAAAAUACAUUAUAG